AUGGAGUUGCGUUGGAAGAAGGCAUGGUUGUUAUUGUUCUGGACAAUAGUAUUGUGUCAUGUGUUAGGCACCAGUGGGUGCUUCCAAGAACAGAAGGGUGCACUGCUGGAUUUCAAGGCUACUUAUUCGAAUGAGACAUUGUUGGCUUCAUGGGUGAAUGACCCAAAAGCCAAUUGCUGUGCUUGGGAACGAGUCACUUGUGAUUCCUCUUCGGGACAUGUCAUCCAUCUCUCUCUUCAUCAUCUUCAUAGAAAUCGUGAUAUGGGUUUCUAUGGGCUCUGUUCAAACUACACACACUUAAACUGGUUCUUGUUCCUGUCCUUCACCGAAUUGAGAAGUCUUCGUUUAUCCGACAAUUGUUUUGAUGGCAUCACUUGGAAACAAGAUUAUAAAAGCAAGUUAACAUUGAAGAAGCUAGAGACAUUAGAUCUCGACUACAAUCAAUUCAACGAGAGCAUAAUGGAACUCAUGAGUACUCUCCCAUCGCUCAAGGAUUUAACUGUUUCUGCCAAUGGUAUAGGUGGACCUUUUCCUAUGAAAGAAUUACCACGAUUACAAAACUUGGAGCUGUUGGAUUUGAGCUACAAUCGUCUUGGCAAACCCUUUAUAAUUCAAGCAUUCGAUUACAUGACCGACAAAUUUGUAGAUAAUGUCCAUGCCAAUUGGUCUACGUUAACGACCCUCAACUUAGCUACCCUAAAGAAUUUGACGACGCUCAACUUAGCUAAUAAUGAGCUUGACAAGGGAAUACUCUCAUCCUUGGUUACCUUACCAGCUCUCAAAUAUUUGUUCUUAGGUUAUAAUUCUAUGGAAGGCGAUGUAGAUGACAAAGUUUUAGCAAAUCUAAGCAAGUUGGAAGUCCUUGACCUAGAAAGGUCAUUCACAAAUGCAUCUUUCCCAAAUCAAGGUUUAUGUAAGAUGAAGCAACUUCAAGAGUUACAUCUGGCUGCUAAUAAUUUCAUAGGAACUUUGGAUGCAUGCCUUGGAAAUUUGACAUCACUUCGAAUUCUUGAUCUUACAUAUAAUUCCUUAACUGGGAGGAUUCCAGUACCUUUAAUUGCUCGCCUUACAUCGCUAGAGUAUUUUUCCCUAUCUCUCAAUAACUUUGAGGGCACAUUCUCAUUAAACAUCUUUGCUAACCAUUCAAAGCUUAAGGGAUUAGAACUUAACUUUAUGAAUUCCAAAACAUUUCAAGUGGAAACUGAGAAUCCUCGUUGGAUUGCACCAUUUCAAUUAGAACACCUAGAAAUUUCCCAUUGUCAGGUAAACUUACCCACAAAAGUAAUUCCUACCUUCCUUUCAUAUCAAAAAGGUUUGAGAUAUAUUGAUCUGUCAGGCAACAACCUAGUUGGUAUGUUUCCCAAUUGGUUGAUUGCAAACAAUCCACAACUAGAAGUUGUGUCUUUAAAUGAUAACACUUUCACAGGACCUUUUAAGCUACCAUUUGAUCUAAGUCAUCGCAUGGAUAAAAUGUACAAGUUGGACUUAUCACACAACCAAAUCCGAGGUGAGCUCCCCAAUAAUAUAGGAUUCUACAUCCCACAUUUACAACAGUUUGAUGUCUCAAGCAAUAUGUUUGAUGGUCACAUUCCUACUUCAAUUGGAGAAAUGUCAAGCUUGAGGGGAUUGCAUUUGGAGAACAAUAGUUUUUCUGGCAAUGUACCAGAACACAUUUUUAAUGGAUGCAUCUCAUUAAUAGACUUGAAGAUGGAUAAUAACCAACUCAAUGGAACACUUCCAAAUGGGAUUGGAAAUCUUAGGCUUUCCACCUUAACUGCAUCGAGUAACAACUUAGAAGGUGAAAUAACUAAAGAAUUUUGUGAGCUUGAGCUUGAUAUUUUAGACUUAUCUUACAAUAAAUUCUCUGGUGCACUACCCGCUUGCUUCAAGAUGCCAUCAUACCUUUUUUUGCAAGGAAAUAGUCUUACUGGCAUGAUUACUGAAGCAUUCACAAAUAGCCAUGGAAUGGAAGCCAUUGAUUUGAGUGACAACAAAUUUACAGGAACUAUUCCAGAAAGAAUUAACUUUGAUUAUUUGAGAUUUCUUUUAUUGGCAGGUAAUCAAUUGCAUGGCCAUCUUCCCAAUUUUCUCUGUCAAAUACGAAAUGUCCAUAUCUUAGACCUCUCACGCAAUAACUUUACUGGGUCUAUACCUUCUUGCUUCAAUAAAUUCACAUUUGAAGACAAGCAAUUAGAUUUCUCACCACACAGUUCCAAUUUAGAACCUUCAACAUUAUUUUCUUUAUAUGAUGUAAACCAAAAAAUUGGACAAUUUAAGGGUACAUUUGAAUUGGGAGAAGUGCAAUUCAUAACAAAAGGUUCAUCCCUUUCGUAUAAAGCUGAUGUAAUUCUACAAAUGUCAGGAUUAGAUUUGUCAUCUAAUCAAUUGACAGGAGAAAUUCCACCCCAAAUAGGAGAUCUCCAUGGCCUUCAUGCACUCAACUUAUCUCAUAACCGUCUAAAUGGAGCAAUUCCAGAGAGCAUCCAAAAGCUAGAAAACAUAGAAAGCUUAGAUCUUUCAAAUAACAACUUGAGUGGACAAAUCCCACUUCAAUUACAGGACUUGAACUCUUUAUCUGUCUUCAAUGUGUCCUACAACAAUUUAUCAGGCAAAGCACCAGAUAAGGGACAGUUUGGUACCUUCGAUGAAAGUAGCUACAAAGGAAAUCCAUAUCUUACUUGGAGUGUCAGUAACAGAGGCAAUGCAACACUGCUGCCACCUUCAACUUUGUUGAAUGAUGGUAAGAAAAAUCACUCUGCAAUUGAUUUCACUUCCUUCUAUUGGAGUUUUGUUGCAUCCUAUGUCAUGAUACUAAUAGUGUUGGCCACAAUCCUUUGGAUCAAUCCUCAUUGGCGAAGAGCAUGGCUUUAUUUUGUUGAAGGGUUCCUCCUUAAAUGUUUUGGUCAAUCUCUUGAAGAUGCAUUUUACUAG